UUGCCUUCCGAAGGAGUGGCUGAAGUGUUUCGACAUCACUAUACCGGCGUGAAACAUAUAGAAGCUAAAGCUACUAGAUGUUGGUUUGCCGCUGCAUCCAGGCAGUGGGGAUUUGUAAUUAUUAAAGGGAACACUCGUCAAUCCCCAUACUAAAGUAAAGCUCCGCGGUUCCAACAUGGCUUACUAUGACUAUGUCUCCAAAGAGCAACUGGCGGGCUUCGACAAAUACAAGUACAGCGCAGUCGACUCCAACCCCCUGUCCGUCUACGUCAUGCACCCCUUCUGGAACUCUGUCGUCAAGGUCUUGCCGACAUGGCUGGCUCCAAACCUCAUUACCUUCACAGGAUUCAUGUUCCUGGUUCUUAACUUCCUCAUGCUGGCCUUCUACGACUAUGACUUCAUUGCUUCUGCUCACGAACACGUCCACGUGCCCAGCUGGGUGUGGUUUGCUGCCGGUCUCUUCAACUUCUUGGCCUACACACUUGACGGCGUGGAUGGCAAGCAGGCGCGCCGCACCAACUCCUCCACGCCCCUAGGGGAGCUGUUCGACCACGGCCUGGACAGCUGGGCCUGCAUCUUCUUCGUGACCACCGUGUACUCCAUCUUCGGCCGCGGCGAGACGGGCGUGAGCGUCGCCACGCUCUACUACAUCCUGUGGGUGGUGCUGUUCUCGUUCAUCCUCUCCCACUGGGAGAAGUACAACACGGGCAUCCUGUUCCUGCCCUGGGGCUACGACGCCAGCCAAGUGACCAUCUCCAUCGUCUACAUCGUCACCGCCGUGGUCGGCGUGGAAACGUGGUACAAGCCAAUACUGUGGCACUUCCACUACAGGGACAUGUUCUCCAUCAUGAUCGUAGCCUGUUCCUUCACUGUGACCCUGCCCAUGAGCCUGUACAACGUUCUAAAGGCCCACCGCAACAACACGCUGAAGCACAGCAACCUGUACGAGGCCUUCCUGCCCUUCCUCUCCCCCGUGCUGCUGUUUGUCCUCUCCACCGUCUGGGUGGUGUUCUCCCCCUCCGAGAUCCUGGAGCUGCAGCCCCGCGUCUACUACCUCAUGGUGGGGACGGCCUUCGCCAACGUCACCUGUAAGCUGAUCGUGUGUCAGAUGAGCAACACGAGGUGCCACGCCCUCUGCUGGCUGCUGCUGCCCAUGACGGGGGUGGUGGGGCUGGCCGUCACCGGGACGGUGACCGACGAGACCAUGCUGCUGUACUGCUGGACGGCCGUGGUCAUCCUGGCACACAUACACUACGGCGUGUCGGUGGUCAACCAGCUGAGUGACCACUUCAACAUCUUCGCCUUCUCGUUGAAAAAGCCCAACAGCGACUGACAGGAGGAGGAGCGAAUCGGCCUGAAGGAAGCAGAGGUCUAAGUUCCUCUUCUCAGUGACGAAAACCGACACUUCACUCUCUUUAUCACCACAGAAACCACAUCCUCCCCUCUCCUCUAGCCACAAGGACUACCCUGCAAGUGGAGCGAACUGGGCCCCAGUCUCCUCCCCCUUCUCUCCCCCCUCUCCCCCAGCCAUUAACCCCCGCCCCCAAUCCCAAUACUGAGAACAGUUCUAACCAAUCGGACACCGGGGCGAGGAGCUCUGCCCUCAUGUCAUUGGUGAAGCAUUGGCUAGAUUGGACGAGGGCAAUGAGGUGCACUUGUUUCCUACGGAAAUGUGCUUCAGUCGUAAGGACGGAAGCCCUGACCAGACACAACACAUAGAUGCACACACGCUACCACACCCACCGACCCACCCCACUCACACACGCUCUGCAUCCAUAACUUAAACAUUCAAAGCAUAUAUCGCGAUCCGCCUCUGUGCAGAUUGUCCUUUUUAUUUUCCGAAAGCCCACACGCAGCGCACAUUCAAAGACACGCAGAAGGAAUACCAGUAUAUUGUCCGACAUUGGAACCCACUUUAGUAUUACGAAUGUAUAUGAUCGCCUUUUUCGUCGAAACGCCAUUUCAGUUUAUUUUCGUUUCGCCGAAGGGCGCCGUUUCAGCCCUCUUAAUUCAUCGCCGGACAUAUAGAUGUGGAUCGAGCAGCUUAAAAAGGACACGGCGGGCCUUAAAUUCCAAUGUUUCACAGACUGCCAGCGUCCAUAAUGACGCGGCGCUAAUGAACGAACCGCGUUUCGCUCCCGCUCAGAAGUAUUUGCUGUCAUGCGUUCAUGACAGCUCCCCCUCCCUGCGUUGCUAUGGGUUCUCUCUCUAGUUUAAUUUGAUGGCCCAAUUAAAAAUGAGUUGCAGAGCUGUUUACUUUGGCACGGCCAAUCCAAGCUUACCAUUCAUUUAGACCUAUUUAUUUGUUUCUUUUUACCUGAAACAUCGGCUGUACCAAAUACACAAAUUUGUAUUUACAUCUCAUUGGUAUAUAUGUGUGUAUGUGUGUACUUGUAUGUAUGUUUGUAUACAUACGCACAUACCCAUAACUGACUCGCUGUUGUUUGGCACAGGAGUUGGGGGGACUUUUAAAAAUAUAUAUUUAAUUUAUUAUAAAAAUAUGAUUUGAUUCUUUGGUCUUGUGUCGAGAAGCAAGAAGACGGCUCUGUAACUCUGCUACUAGCGUGCGGUUGGAUACAUAUAGUUCACGGUACUACCAGGUGAUCUAUCUGUGUUUUUUUGUUGCCCGGCUGGCAGUUUGUCGUCCCAUUGUGGAUGUAGGUGAUAUUUGGCCAUGCCUUGUCCUUUAAAAUAAAGAAGAAUAAAAGUCAUCUUUUUAUAAACAUCUAAUCUACGAAGCGAGAAUCUUUCAAAACGGUUGUAUCUAGCAAAUAUUAAACAAUAUAAAUGUAUAUCUCUAUGCCAUUAUAUAAAAUGUUGGGGCGUUCCUUAUUUUUCAAAACGAAAGAAAUCCAGAAAAUGUUUAGGAAGAAAUUUAAUGAGUUAUAGGACCACUGUAUAAAUAUUAUAGGAUUAAUUUUAGGUUAAGGCAAGUUUUUACAGCUUGUCGGUACAAAGUAUGCAGUUUGUGAAGAUGAGUUAGCCAUAUGCUAACAAAAGCUAAUUGGGGGGGGAGGGGGGCAGAAAGAACCAGGGAAUCCGUUUUUGACUCAAUUUUACUUUCGAUUCGUUCUAAUUUAACUAUCAUUUUAACCCCACUAAUUCUUUGAGAAUCUUGAUCUACAUUCCCCCUCCCUUCCCUUUUCUGAGGUGUCGUGUCAACCACGCCGGUUCGUAAUUGUUUCUCUGUCAGUUUUGUUUUAGUUUGAUAUACUUUGGGGGGGUAGGAUGAUUAUAGUCGGGGUGUGUGUGUGUGGUGUUGCAGCACAAGCGCUUGAAAUGAAGAGUGUGUUCUAAAGCCCUACCGUGGAGCGGACCCACUCUGAGGGAACAAGCGGUCCCCGUUGACCGUGCAAGCACCACACCACCACCGCCAGGCACUAGAUAUGGAAUACGUAGAUACAGAAUACAUAGAUAUGGGUACGAUAUAUAUAGAUAUAUAUAUAGAUAGAUAUAUAUAUAUAGCUUUGGAAAGCAAACGGUUUGUCUUACAACUUCACUGUGAUUGGUACAUUUCUCUGUUGCCAACGGAUCAUUUUGUUGCCGUGAUCAUACUAGCCCUUCCUCUCUCCCCCCCCCUCCGUGUUUCUAUGGAAAUAGGGAAUGGUCAUUCGCUUGACAAGGCUUAAGGAAUUUCUGUUUCCUCUGCCCCGAGGGGGUUGGCGUUAGAUUUGGGAAUGCUCGUUUUUGCCCCUUGGCUGCAGAGUGUGCGAGGUACAGAAUCACUGCUCAGAUGGACGGGAUCCCGUCUCAGGCAAAUGGAAACGUGGAAGCCGCUUUCACACAGUAUUCUACAUCCAAGCUCGGUCCGAAACAGGACUUUUUUUUGUUCUUUGUUUUAACACAAGUGCAAGGAGGCUUCGUGAAAGAUAUUCGGUACCUUAACGUGGAUGACAUAAUCUUUUUCUGUCAAUGUUAUUUUUUUCAUUGUCAUCAGAGAUUGCCUGUAGCGAUCUCUACCCUUGCCUUUGGAAUGAAAUAAGACACUUCUUACCCCCAAUUAACAUAGUAAACCCCUUCCAAGAGGUCCAGAUUUUGUCCAUAAUACUACUGAUUUUGAUCUGUAGUAUUUUAUUUUUUGUAUUUUAGUGACCCAGAGCACUUCUCUGUACCCUCGGAUACCUCUGUAAAAUGAAUAGCAAACCCGGGCCUGGCCACAUUUGGGACGCAGGCUCCACGCUUAGGAAUGAUCUCCGGCCCAGUACCCCACGGGCAGCUUAACCCUUCCAUCUCUCGAACCUUCCACGCACCAAGCUCCGCCUUUUUACAGGAACUCUUCUUUUCUAUGAAACUCUACUUCCUCUUGAGUUGAGACCAUGGGAGUAGCUUGUUAGCAGUCCGAUACAAACAACAGAACUAUGACUGAGUUUUUGACCCCCAAAUUUUUUUUUGUCGUUUGUGUUUAGGUUUUUAAGUUUUUGUUUUUUUUGGUGGUGGGAGUCCGCACUGCUUUUGGAGUCUGAGGAUAUGUGUACGCAUGUCUUUGUGUGUGUGUGUGUGUGUGUGUGUGUGUGUGUGUGUGUGUGUGUGUGUGUGUGUGUGUGUGCGUGUGUGUGUGUGUGUGUGUGUGUGUGUGUACAUACGGAUAUCAGUGUAAAUACCUAUAUUCAUUUUUAUUCACAUUUUUAAUAUUAACUCUUGGGUGAGAUUGUAACCGAGAGAGCGUCCUUUGGCGUUGGAAGAUGUGACUGGUUGCCGUGGUGACUGGUUGCCGUGGUGACCGGGGCGUGGGCGGGGGGGGGGGGGGGGGGGGGGGGAGAUGCCAAUCAGUAUCUUUUGUCAUCUCGAUAUCCGGUUUAAUAAACGUGGUCAAAAUGAAUGUUUGGGAGACAGCUCUGAAUUCUUAGAAACAAAUGAAAUGAUGUAAAGAUGAUGGUGAUGAGACUGAAAUGGUUUCUUCUACCCUGCCAGAUGUUGUCUGAAUUUGGUUGAUUUUUGUUUAACCUCACCCCCCCCCCCCCCCCCCCCACCAAGUUUCUAUGUAGUCACAUAGUUGUCAUGUGACAGGAAGUUGAAUAGUUGUGCCGCAUCACACAGAAAGUUGUACAAAGAGAAAUUGUGAACUUAUGCACCGUUUAUUGUACAAUUUACAAACUGUAUGGGAAAAAAAAGAAUUACACUUGACAUUUAUUUACGUUUUAAUUGACAGUUAAUUCAAAAUUUGUGUUGGUUUAACCACUAUUAAAUAUCUUCCUGAGAUGUUGUUGAAUCGGUUGUUGUUUUUUCCUGUUGACUGAAUUCAAACCUAAAUAAAAAAAACCGUUCCUUU